GGCUGGACGGAAGAAGAAGAGUAAGAAGCGCCCUGUGACUGUGAGCAUCGACAAGAAGGAGGACCCGCCGGCCAAGCAGAAAAAGAAGGCCUUGACAUCGAUUGCCUCGGCAGCUGCAGAAGUUGGCACCUUCCGGGGACAGUUGGAAAAGGAGGGAGU